GCCAGCAAAGUUGCAGCACUCGUCCUUGUGUGUGUGUGUGUGUGUGUGUGUGUGUGUUUGUCUGCAAAAGCAGCGGGGCACAGGGGAAGUCAAAGUCAGCGUUUUUGUUAUUGUAGCUGCUCUCUGGACCUCGUUGUGGGGAGGGUUGAAGCAAAUGAAGCUUACUUAGUCCAAGGGCUUCGCUGGAAAAUAAAAUGUCAGCUUGAACUCUUCCAUGGCGGGGAAAAACAAUCCAAAUUCAGCCUGGGCUCAGUAUCUGAGGAGGCCUAGUAUGUCAGCCUUGCAUCUAGCAAAGGGCAGGGAGGACCAAAGGCUGGAUCUUCAUCGGGAUUUCACCGUGGCUUCUCCUGCUGAGUUUGUCACCCGGUUUGGAGGGAAUCGAGUUAUUGAAAAGGUUCUAAUUGCCAACAAUGGCAUAGCCGCCGUCAAAUGCAUGAGGUCCAUCCGUAGAUGGUCCUACGAGAUGUUUCGCAAUGAGAAAGCCAUUCGGUUUGUGGUUAUGGUGACUCCAGAAGAUCUGAAGGCUAAUGCAGAAUACAUCAAAAUGGCAGAUCACUAUGUCCCAGUAACUGGAGGCCCGAACAACAACAAUUAUGCCAAUGUGGAACUGAUUGUGGACAUCGCAAAGAGAAUCUCAGUGCAGGCUGUCUGGGCUGGCUGGGGUCAUGCAUCAGAGAACCCCAAACUUCCGGAACUCCUUCAGAAAUAUAACAUUGCGUUUUUAGGUCCUUCAAGCCAAGCCAUGUGGUCCUUGGGGGAUAAAGUGGCCUCGACCAUCAUAGCACAGACCGCAGGGAUACCGACAUUACCUUGGAGUGGAAAUGGUCUGGUUCUUGAAUGGACGGAGGAAGAUCAGAGGCUGAAGAGGACUGUCAGCGUCCCUAAGGAACUGUACAUGACUGGUUGUGCACGAGAUGCCACUGAAGGUUUAGAGAUUGCAGAAAGGAUUGGAUAUCCGCUAAUGAUUAAAGCAUCUGAAGGCGGUGGGGGUAAAGGGAUUCGCAAGGUUGAUAGUACAGAUGACUUUCCCAAACUCUUCCGACAAGUGCAGACAGAGGUCCCUGGCUCGCCGAUCUUCAUCAUGCAGAUGGCCCAACACGCACGACACCUGGAGAUACAAAUCCUAGCAGACCAAUACGGCAAUGCAAUCUCCCUAUUUGGGCGUGACUGCUCCAUUCAACGCAGGCACCAGAAAAUCAUUGAGGAAGCCCCGGCAACCAUCGCACCUCUCUCGGUCAUCGAGCACAUGGAACAGUAUGCAGUGAGAAUCGCCAAAAUGGUUGCGUACGUCAGCGCGGGCACGGUGGAAUACCUCUACAGUCCAGACGGCAGCUUCUACUUCCUGGAACUCAAUCCUCGCCUGCAAGUGGAGCAUCCCUGCACUGAGAUGAUUGCAGAUGUCAACCUGCCCGCUGCCCAGUUACAGGUGGCGAUGGGGAUUCCCUUGCACCGGAUGAAGGAUAUCCGAGUCCUGUACGGAGAAGCUCCUUGGGCUGACUCGCCGAUUAACUUCGAGGAGCCCGUAAAUAUUCCCAGGCCCAGAGGACACGUUAUUGCUGCCAGGAUCACAAGUGAAAACCCCGAUGAGGGAUUUAAGCCUAGCUCGGGUACCGUCCAGGAAUUGAACUUCCGAAGCAACAAAAAUGUUUGGGGGUACUUCAGCGUGGCAGCAGCUGGUGGACUGCACGAGUUUGCCGAUUCCCAGUUUGGCCACUGUUUCUCCUGGGGUGAAAACCGGGAGGAAGCUAUCUCGAAUAUGGUUUUGGCUCUUAAAGAGCUCUCCAUCCGAGGGGACUUCAGAACCACGGUUGAGUAUCUGAUCAAGCUUCUGGAAACGGAGAGUUUUCAAUGUAACACCAUUGAUACCAGCUGGCUGGAUCACCUCAUUGCUGACAAGGUUCAGGCAGAGAGGCCAGAUACAGUACUUGGAGUAGUCUGCGGAGCUUUGCACAUUGCAGACUCAGCUUUCCAAACAAGUAUGACCAACUUUCUGCACUCUCUGGAAAGAGGUCAGGUUCUUCCAGCGAGCAGUCUGCUCAACACGGUGGACAUACAGCUCAUUUAUGAAGAAACAAAGUAUUCCUUGCAGGUGGCCCGGCAGUCACUGACUCUCUAUGUUGUUGUCAUGAACGACUCCCACAUUGAGAUCGAUGUUCACCGGUUAAGUGAUGGAGGUCUCUUAUUCUCCUGCGAUGGCAACAGUCACACGACCUACAUGAAAGACGAGAUCGACAAAUAUCGCAUCACCAUCGGCAACAAGACCUGUGUGUUUGAGAAGGAGAAGGAUCCGACUGUGCUCCGUUCGCCCUCUGCUGGCAAACUUCUGCAGUACCUUGUUGAGGAUGGGGGCCAUGUCUUCACAGGGCACCAUUAUGCAGAGAUUGAGGUGAUGAAAAUGGUCAUGAGUUUGACUGUGGAGGAGUCAGGAUGUGUACAUUAUGUGAAGAGACCAGGUGCCUGUCUGGAGCAGGGCUGCACGGUAGCUAAGAUGGAAUUAGAUGACCCAACGAAACUUCACGCAGUGCAGUUAUACACAGGAGUGUUUGAACCACAGCAGUCGCUAACAAUUGCUGGUGAGAAACUACAUCAGGUCUUUCAUACGAUGCUGGAGAACCUGGUCAAUGUCAUGAACGGUUACUGCCUUCCCGACCCCUACUUCAGCAGUAAGGUUAAAAAGUGGAUCACAAAGCUGAUGUCCACUCUCAGAGCCCCAUCCUUGCCGCUUCUUGAGUUGCAAGACAUCAUGACGAGCGUGUCGGGGAGGAUCCCAGCGAGUGUGGAGAAGGCCAUUCGGAAAGUGAUCGCUCAGUAUGCGAGUAACAUCACUUCCGUGCUCUGUCAGUUCCCAAGCCAACAGAUUGCGGACAUUCUGGAUAACCAUGCUGCCACACUUCAGCGGAAAGCAGACAGGGAAGUCUUCUUUAUGAACACACAGAGCGUAGUCCAGUUGGUACAACGCUAUCGCAGUGGGAUCCGUGGCCACAUGAAGUCAGUGGUUCUCGGCCUGUUGCGGAGAUACCUGAACGUUGAAACACAGUUCCAGCAAGCUCAUUAUGACAAAUGUGUGAUCAACCUGCGGGAACAGUUCAAACCCAACAUGACCCCGGUGCUUGACUGCAUCUUCUCUCAUGCGCAGGUGGCCAAGAAAAACGUGCUGGUCAUCAUGUUAAUCGAUCAGCUCUGUUCACGAGACCACACACUGACGGACGAGCUGAUGGUGAUUUUGAACGAACUAACGCAACUCAGCAGGAUGGAGAACUGCAAGGUGGCUCUGCGGUCCAGGCAGGUUCUGAUCGCCUCCCACUUGCCCUCCUAUGAGCUGCGGCAUAACCAGGUGGAAUCCCUGUUCCUGUCUGCUAUUGAUAUGUAUGGCCACCAGUUCUGCCCUGAUAAUCUAAAGAAAUUGAUCCUCUCCGAGACCUCCAUCUUUGACGUCCUCCCCAGUUUCUUCUAUCACGCCAACCAGGUGGUUCGCAUGGCUGCUCUCGAGGUAUAUGUGCGCAGAUCAUACAUCGCCUACGAGCUCAACAGCGUCCAGCACCGGCAGCUGCACAAUGCCACCCGUGUGGUCGACUUCAAGUUUCUGCUUCCUUCCUCUCAUCCAAACAGGAUGUGCAUUCCAAACAGCCCAGUUCAUUAUGAACUGAAUCGGCAGAGUACUGAUCUCUUCACGACUGGCACACAAACAUAUCUCUGUCAGCGAAUGGGGAUUAUGGUUGCAUUUGAAAUAUUUGAUGAAUUUGUUAAAAACUUUGAAGAAGUGAUGGCUUGCUUUGCCGACCCAUCUCUGGAUAGUCCACUAUUCUCUGAGACAAGAUCAACUUUCUUUGACCAGGAAGGCAACAAGAAUUUAAAGGACGAACCCAUCCAUAUUCUGAAUAUCGCCCUCAGAGAUGGAGACUGUGAAAAGGACGAUGAACUGGUGCAGAUCUUCAGUACAUUCUGCCAAUCAAAGAAAUCCCAUUUGCUUACGUAUGGAAUCAGACGAAUCACCUUCCUAGUUGGACAGAAGCGAGAAUUUCCCAAGUACUUCACCUUCAGAGCACAUUCUGAGUUUGCAGAGGAUCGUAUUUACCGGCACCUGGACCCGGCCCUGGCUUUCCAACUGGAACUCAACCGCAUGCAAAACUUCGACCUGGCUGCUGUUCAGUGCGGCAACCAUAAGAUGCACGUGUACCUGGGCGCGGCCAGGGUCAAGAAGGGAGCAGAGGUCACCGACUACCGGUUCUUUGUCCGAGCCAUCAUGCGGCAUCCCGACCUCAUCACCAAGGAGGCCUCUUUUGAAUAUCUGCAAAACGAGGGGGAACGACUGCUUCUCGAAGCCAUGGAUGAACUAGAAGUGGCUUUUAACAAACAGACCGUACACACUGAUUGCAACCAUAUUUUCCUCAACUUUGUGCCGACUGUAAUAAUGGACCCAAUGAAGAUUGAGAAAUCUGUCCAUGACAUGGUGAUGAGGUACGGGAGCAGAUUGUGGAAACUCAGGGUACUUCAAGCUGAGCUCAAAAUAAAUAUCCGCCUAACUCCGACGGGGAAGGCAAUCCCAAUCCGUUUGUUCCUCACGAAUGAGUCUGGAUACUAUUUGGACAUGAGCCUGUACAAGGAGGUGGCAAAUGCCCGAUCUGGACAGAUCAUGUUCAUUUCAUACGGAGACAAACAGGGACCUCUGCAUGGGAUGUUGAUGAACACACCAUACGUCACCAAAGACCUGCUCCAGUCCAAGCGAUUCCAGGCUCAGUCCUUGGGAACAACCUACGCCUACGAUUUUCCAGAAAUGUUUCAACAGGCUCUCCUUAAGAUGUGGGGAUCUGAAAUGGAAUAUCCCAAAGAACCAAUGCAAUGUACAGAACUGGUGCUGGACUCGCAUGGCCAACUGGUGCAUAUGAACAGGAUCCCUGGAGGUAAUGAGGUGGGAAUGGUGGCUUGGAAAAUGAAUUUGAAAACUCCAGAAUAUCCUGACGGCCGCGACAUUAUUGUCAUUUGUAACGACAUCACAUUUAAGAUCGGCUCAUUUGGCCCAGAGGAGGAUUUGUUGUUCCUCCGAGCCUCACAACUCGCCAGAGCCGAAGGCAUCCCGAGGAUCUACAUAGCAGCUAACAGCGGCGCCAGGAUCGGACUUGCUGAAGAGAUAAGGAACAUGUUCCAGGUUGCGUGGGAGGAUCCAGAUGAUCCAUACAAGGGCUUCAAGUACCUCUAUUUGACACCUCAGGAUUACACCAGAAUUAGCCCUAUUAAUUCUGUGCGCUGUGAAAAUGUGGAGGAGGAUGGAGAAUAUCGAUACGUUAUAACAGACAUUAUUGGCACCGAGGAAGGCUUGGGGGUGGAGAACCUUCGUGGCGCUGGUACAAUCGCUGGAGAGUCCUCGCUAGCUUACAAUGACAUUGUCACCAUCAGUCUGGUGACGUGCCGUGCAAUAGGCAUCGGAGCGUACUUGGUGAGACUGGGGCAACGUGUCAUCCAAGUGGAGAACUCACAUAUUAUUCUCACUGGAGCCAGUGCGCUGAACAAGGUUCUUGGACGGGAGGUGUACACAUCCAACAACCAGCUGGGUGGAGUGCACAUUAUGCACAACAAUGGAAUAUCACACACAACUGUCCCCGAUGACUUUGAGGGGGUCUACACCAUCUUAGAGUGGCUCUCUUACAUGCCUAAGAACAAUACAAGCCCAGUGCCUAUAAUCACCCCAAAGGAUUGUCCUGAGAGGGAGAUUGACUUUGUACCAAGCAAAGCCCCGUAUGAUCCUCGCUGGAUGCUAGCUGGCAGACCUCAUCCAACUGUCAAAGGUGCCUGGCAGACUGGCUUCUUUGACCAUGCCUCCUUCAAGGAAAUCAUGGAACCCUGGGCACAGACGGUGGUGGUGGGAAGAGCAAGGUUAGGAGGAAUUCCAGUGGGAGUAAUCGCAGUGGAGACCCGGACUGUUGAAUUUACAAACCCAGCAGAUCCAGCGGACCCGGAAUCAGAGUCAAAAAUUGUUCAGCAAGCCGGGCAGGUGUGGUUUCCAGACUCUGCUUUUAAAACAGCACAAGUUAUUAAAGACUUCAAGCGCGAGCGGCUUCCACUCAUAAUCUUCGCCAACUGGCGAGGCUUCUCCGGUGGAAUGAAAGAUAUGUACGACCAAGUUCUGAAGUUUGGUUCCAGUAUUGUCGAUAGUCUCAGGGAGUUUGAGCAGCCUGUGCUGGUGUACAUUCCCCCUCAUGCUGAACUUCGAGGUGGUUCGUGGGCAGUUAUUGAUCCAACCAUCAAUCCACUUUACAUCGAACUGUACGCUGACCAAGAAAGCAGGGGCGGUGUGUUGGAACCCGAAGGGACCGUCGAGAUCAAGUUCAAGCGGAAAGACUUGAUCAAGACAAUGAGGCGGAUUGACACCAUUUAUUCAGGCCUCGCUGACCAGUUGGGUUCUCCUGAACUGCCCGAGGACGUCCGCAAGAACCUAGAUGCCAGGUUGAAAACACGAGAGGAAUACUUGCUCCCAAUUUACCACCAAGUAGCGACCCAGUUUGCUGAUCUCCAUGACACUCCCGGACGGAUGCAGGAGAAAGGAGUUAUUACAGAUGUGCUGGAGUGGAAGACGGUCCGCACGUUCUUCUACUGGCGCCUACGCCGACUGCUGCUGGAGGAGGCGGCCAAGCAGGCAAUCAUCGCGGCAAACCGGGAGCUGAGCGACGGCCACAUCAAGUCCAUGCUGCGGAGGUGGUUUGUGGAGACGGAAGGAACGGUGAAGGCUUACCUGUGGGACAAUAACCAGCCUGUGGUGGCUUGGCUGGAGAAGCACCUCAAUACCGAGGACGAUUCUCGCUCCGUAAUACGAGAGAACAUCAAAUAUCUGAAGCGGGAUUAUGCACUAAAACACAUUCGCAGCUUGGUUCAAGUGAACCCAGAGGUGGCAAUGGAUUGCAUUAUCCACAUGGCUCAACAAAUCACCCCGGCCCAACGUACGCAGAUCAGCCAUCUCCUAACGACCAUGGAUGGUCCCGUAGCACCGUGAGAGACUGGGGACGUUCACAAUCGACCCCUCGAUAGUUCACAUCAGGGAGACUGAACGAGUGCCAUCUCACGUCACUGCAUGUACAGUAAGAUAGUGUGGGGAGAGAAAAACCACUAACAGACACAGCAAUCCUGGGCAUUAACCGAGCCAUCUGCUGAACAUCCUUGAAUAAACACCAGUGGAAAUUGCGGCAUCAUCCAGUAUUUAAUCAAAUCCACUUAGCCUUAGAGCUCAUGGUACUUUGAACAAGUACAGUAAUUUUAACUUUGAUUAAAGAGUUUGAUAUUUAGCAUACUUGGUUAUCUACUGUGUGAGAGGGCAUACGUACAUAAGUGAUCAGAGCAGAAUUAGGCCAUUCGGCCCAUCAAAUCUACUCUGCCAUUCAAUCAUGGCUGAUCGAUCUCUUCCCCCUCAACCCAAUUCUCCUGCCUUCUCCCCAUAACCCCCAGCACCCAUACUCAUCAAGAAUCUGUCUAUCUCUGUCUUAAAAAAAAUAUCAAUUGACUUGCCCUCCACAGCCUCCAUUGCCUCGUCUGCGGCAAUGAAUUCCACCCCCUGACUAAAGGAACGUCCUUUUAUUCUGAGGCUGUGCCCUCUGGUCCUAGACUCUCCCACUAGUGGAAACAUCCACUUUAUCCAGGCCUUAACUUAAAGGCACUUAAACCCAGGUGUGUGGUCUACCAAGACUCGUCAUCAGGAAGUGUUUUGUUGCUAAUAGAUAGUAAGCUGAGCCAUGUACAUAAAAACAUUUUCUAAGACGUUAUUUUCUGCACAGAACUCAGUAUGCCAGUAUUAUUUUAGUUUUUAUUGCACCAUAUGUGUUUGUAAAGUGCAAUUUGCUGAUUGUGCUUCCCACAGAUGCGAACCUAAGAAUUUUUUUUUGAAAAAUCAGCUGUCAAUUGUGUUGAUUUCAAUGCCUGAUCUUUGCCGAUAAAUUAUGAUCACAUUUAAAAAUGGUUGCAAAGUUGUAAUGGAGGUGACAUCAUUGUUAAACAUCCAUUUUCCUAAAGGCUGUAAGAGGCUUAUGCCCCUUUCCCACUUAGGAAACCUGAACGGAAACCUCUGGAGACUUUGCGCCCCACCCAAGGU